AUGCAGUUCUCCGCUACUACCAUUGUCCUUGCCAUGGCUUAUCUUGCUGGCAUCGGUGCUGGAGCCGCCAUUCCUCAGGCUUCGUCGAACCAGCUCGUUGCUCGUGACCAUCACGAGCACUGUGCUUGUCAAGUUGCCACGAAUGGCGAGGUCGACAACGUAACUACUUCGCUUGUGCUUGCCAAUAACUCCUGGAGAUGGCACCAAGAGCAAUUUCCCGAGCAAACUAGCCAAGGUGCUCACUACGAGGGCUAUUAUCUUGUCGCCAACUCUGGAAAGAUUAACGGAGAUACCUUCUACAACGAGUGCAGGGCCGUCGGUGCUGCUGAUUCUACCUGCUUCUAG